AGUCACAGGCGCAAAGGGAAGACACAAAGAGGCUGUAUUAUUUUACAGUACAUCUUGUACAUCAAAGCUCAGAAUUCCUCGGGAAAAGUAUCCCGUUCCAACAUAACAGCCUGUGAGCUGUGCGUAGGGUGUGUUAGCAUGAGAAAGCGUGACAGAAAUCCUGCAUGAACGCCACUGGAGCAUGCCCAGAGCCGGUGGACCCAGAUAUAAACAAGUUUUCAUGUUUCUCUGGCAGGCAGACAGAGCGGGGAGGAAGCACACUGAUAGGCGAGAUGAAAUCAGUGCAGCACACAAUUUUUCUCAUGUCUGUCAAGAACACAUUUCUCGAAGCCCCACGCAGGGGGCUCGGGCGAAUCAACAGCGCAAUUAUUUUAAAUUAAAGGAUGUUUUUCGGGAACAUGAGUGCCUGACUAAAAACCCACAUAUCUGACCCGAGGCGGAAAAAGGAAUUCAUUAAAGAAUUAAUAAUGUUCAGUUUUAAAGAUGUGAAAUGUGGACUCAAAUAGAAAUUAUUUUACAAAUGCGGGGAACUGCCCACAUGGGUAUUAAUUCUCACGAAAUAUUCUGAUGAAGGCUAGCAAUGACAGAAGACUGAAUACUGCAAUAAAAUCUUUGAGCCAAGAACAAUUCCUAAAAUGUAUGCAUUUGAAAAAAUGUUAGUUUAUUUAAAUCAGCUUUGUCACAGUCCCACGGAUUCCAUGGAGCAGUACGUCAUCGAUCAUUGAGAGUUCUGCGACGGCAGAAUGUAAUGGCGUUGUUCAGUGGCACAGAGACAAUAAAGAUGGCCAGAGGUUUUUCAUUUGACCAGCAGAGAUUUGUGUCCUUUAAUGUUAUUGGGCAUCCUUGAGGAGAAUUUCCUCCUUUGUAUGCCACUGUAACACCCACAGAAAUUCUUCAAAAUCGAUGCAAUUUUCUCCUCAGUCUUUUCAGGAGUAGAACAAUUUUUUAAAAGAUACUUUACAUUCUACAGUUUAAAUUUCACAUUACAUCCAUUUUUUGGGGAAAAUCCUCCAGGUAAACUGGGCUUCGCAAAUCAGUGAGCUGCGCAUAAAUAAGAGACUCAACAAAAGAAAAAGAAAGAAACAUUAAAACAGACAGUGGCAAAGUCUGCGCCAAAUAGACAGGAUGAAGAUACCAGCUGACACAUACAGACAGAGACACACGCUAAGAGCUACUCAGAGUGGUGGAGCAGACCCACUGGGAGACAAAGGAGAAGAGUAGGGUGAGAGUUAGACUGAACGACGAGCCACAUAAAGGUUUGCAGUGGGCAUACAGUGAGGCGUGUAGCUUUAAUGUCCACUCAUGAGGCUGCCUGACACAUUUCAGUAUGGAAAUAAGUGACAGCCAGGUGACCGAUGACUGAUGACAGCGUUGCUAGCUAACAGCCUAGGUGAGAGGGACAAAAGCAAAUGGGCAAUUAAACUUGCACGCCGCAUAUAACCCAGUGAACAUCUCAGCCAGAGGCCUGCUCUUCUAUUCCCUAUCCUCAUGCUUUGUCCAUCUUCUGUCUGCUCCACACAUUAGUGUAUCUCUGCAUUGGCUUUUCGGCUUCAGUAAUUCCUUUAACAAGAAUGAGCUUUUUUUUUUUUUGAAUAAAAAAAAGAAGAAAAAAACCCUUAAGCAGGAAGAAAAAGACAGAGGAAGCGGGUAAAAGAGCUGGAGUUCCAGCCUUGUGAUGUGGGUUAGGACAGGAAGAAGUGACCAUACUGUAAGAGAGGAGAUUCGACUGGAUUAAAAGACAAUGAAGACAAAAAAAUGAAAAUAUAUUUCCCAUUAGCCAUACAAGAAUACUGUUAAUGUAUGAACGUGUGUCUCUGGGACAUCGAGCCUUGGGGCAGGAUGUAGGAUUAAUUGCCCCUGGCACACAAGGACAUGGGAUUAAUUGCCCUGGCAGGCUACAGUUGGCAGGGGCACUGAGGGGAAGGACACAAGGUUAAUUAAACUCUCCAGUGUGAAACACUCUCAUUAAUUACCUUCAUUACAUUCUUAAUUUAAUCAUCUUUGUUGACUGUUUUAUCACAUUCGCCCCCAUCGUGGUGACAUACAGCUUACUAGUCACCUUUUACCUUUUGCCUGCACUGAGGUAACACCAGUAGGCUUCACCCGGGAAAGAGCACACACACCGAGGGCUACCCAUGCCGGAAGGCUGAACCUUCAAUCACGUGCAUGUCAUCCUGGGCUCUCCCUGGAGGGCAACACUGCCCGCAGGGCAGCUAGUACCUUCAGGAUCAGGGUUAAGAGAGUCCUGAUUCCCAUCCAGGCAAAGCUUCAGCUCCCGUUACUGAGUUCAGAGGAGGAACCAGAUGAAGACCCUCAUGAGAGGUCUUAUCAAGAUCAGAUGGAAUCAACCCUUGCUUGAUGACCAGCAUUCUAUCGUCCUGCAUAGUUAUGCUCAUAUUUUAAUCAUGAAAAUGUUCCACAGUUGAUCAUAUUCUGUGAAUCAAAUUAAAUGCAUAAUUUUAUUGAAAAGCAAACUUCUGUUACGAUUUGCCAUUAAUAGAAUCUUCAACAGCUGUCUGUCUAAAUCCCUACCUUCCCUUUACACGUCCUAUACGUUUGAGUGCCUUUUUUUUUUUUUUUUAAAUGAACCAGACAGAGAUAGGCCCUCUGUAUGGCAUUUGCGUAAGAGGCAGUCUUUGACUGGCCGGUCCUUCUCCAAACCCCCUGUGCUGCCUACAAUUCAGCGGCUCAGUUCAAAAUGACGACUGCAUCCCUGCGUGUCUCUGAAUCAUCCUUGGUCUGUGAGAGUGAGCCUGGUGCAAAGUGACCUUCAUCUAGGACAAAAGCAAGCGCGAUGAAGAUGGAGGAGGUCAGAAUUCCUGCACAAAUCACUGAAGCAAAGAACAGAUUAUCUGAAUAUUACCUCCCCCCUUUUGCUGAGGUCGGAUGAUGGAUAACAAAACGUAUGACUUGGAUUCUGGAUUUAACUGCAUUGUUAUGGUGGCAGAGUAAUGCAUGAUAUCCUCUAAACUUCCCAUUUCCCAUAAUCCACAUCUACACCCUGCACAGCACCAUCAAUUCUAAUCUUAAUUCACAAUUUAAUUCUCCAGUGGUUAUAAAAUGACUUCAUUUAAAAUGACAUUUGCUAUUAAACCAACGUACUCUUUUUAAUUUGAAAAGAUAUAUAAAUAUAAAGUGAAUAUCAAUUUAACUCUAAAAAAAAUAUUUCCCUGAUCACAAAUUAAUUCCCAUACUGAUAGACAUCAGCGACGAAGCGCUGUUAUUAAUUAUAAUAUUAAAAUCGGGAUUAAAUGCUAUGAUAAAUUCCUAAGAUCUCAAGCUUUUGUCCAUAAGAGCGAACAUUUCCCCGAGGUCUGCAUCCUCAUACAGCACCCUUUUACCACCAUAAAAAUUACCAUUGUAAUUACCAUUAUAAGUGUGAAAACAGUCAUAGCUUCUGAAUAUUCAAGCGCAGCGGACUGCGCCUGAAAGUUAGAGGAGGGGGGGGGGAGGAAGGAGGGAGGGAAAGAGUCAUUUAAGGAGAAAGAAAGGAAGAAAGGGGCGAGCGUGCUAGCACGUACCCUGCCUACAAAUUAACACUGCAAUCAUAAAGUCAAGCCGGCGACGCCCCUCCACCCUCGCCGGCUUUCCUGCCUUAUGUCGCGACCCGUGAUUUUAGCCGGGGUCUCCGCGACGAGCAUCCCCCCCUCCGUUAAUUAUUCAGGGGCAAACAUUGCUUCGCUCCUCCGCCCCCCCGCCCCCAACUAAGCACCUCACAGCCCGGCCGAUGAGCUCCAUCUCCGGCCAGACAGAAAACCAGCUUUUACUACAGCGGGGAUGAACCCAGGAGCGGGCAUCUGUGCAGCGGAAUUAGGCAGCAUUUCUUAAUACCAAAUGCAACCGAGGCGGACGAGAGAAACAACAAUCUUGAUUUUGGAGACUCGUUUUAAGAUUUUCUCUCUAAAUACGGAAUACGGAGAUCUUUCGAUCCAAGCAAGUCGCUAUUAAAAACAUUUUUUUUUCUUUUCAACAAAAACUGUGCUGUAUUUCACUGCAACGACGGUGAUUUUUUUAAAACUACAGCUAUAAAUAAAGCACGGCACACGCGUGAGAGGAAUACAAGGGACGAUCUGAGCUUUCAGAAAGAAUUUGUACAUGAUCAGUAGUGACUGGACGCUGGUGUCUCCAUGUGCAUUACGGACUGUGUCUGAAAACGGCAUCCAGCGAGUCUGUGGGAGACAUAACGCAUGGCAUGGUACCCCCACCCCAGGUGUGCGUCUCGACCCUGGUGACGGUGAGCACGAUGAUGGUGGUGGACCUCUAUCUGCUGGAGCAGAGCAUGAUGGGAGCUCAGUGGAAGGCCGGCCCGGGGGUGUGGCCAUCGGCAGCCGUGCUGCUGGGAGAUCUGUGCUUCCUGGUGGCGCUGCGCUUCAUCUCGGUGGGCGUGGCCUCGGAGGCCCGGUCGCCUCGCCGCGCCUUCGCCAACGCCCUCUGGUUCCUCUUUCUGUCUCUGCUGCAGCUGAAGCUUUUCUUCGUCUGCCAGAACUACCGGCAGGAACGGCGUCCGCCGGACCCGCUGGCGCGCAAGACGCUGACCCUCCUGCUCUCUGUGUGCCUGCCCUCGCUCUUCCUGGUCCUGACGGGCGCAGAGCACAUGACGCCGCUGCGCAGGAAGCAGGAGGCGCGCGGCCGGCUGCUCUGGGUGGUGGUGGACCUGCUCGACGUGCUGGACCUGCAGGCGGGUCUGUGGGAGGCGCACGGCGAGACCCGGGCUCCUCUCUGGCUCGAAGGCCUGCUCUUCUUCUACUGCUACGUGCUGUUGCUGCUGCUCCCCUGCGUCUCGCUCACCGAGCUGGGGGCCACCGCUACAACUGCCGCCACUCCGGCCCUGGGGGAGCGCUGCUCGCGGAGGGGUGCCGUCUACCCCUGGCUGAGCCUCGUCACGGUCAACGUCCUGACGCUGUUCCUGCGCGGCGCCAGCAUGCUAUGGUAUCGCGACCCGCGCGUCUCCACCGUCUUCCUGGGCAAGAACCUCCUAGCGAUGGCCGUCAAACUGAGCUCGGCCUGGGAGCGGCACAGGCAGAGGGCGGGUGCGGCUCGGGCCCCUGGAGCCGGCUGCAGGAGCCCGGUCCCGGAGGCGGCACCUCAGCGCCAGGAAAACCGCAGCGACGUCCUGCCGCUGUCGGCCGCGGCCUCCACGCUGCGGUGUAACUCGCUGUCACGGCCACACGGCCACACGGCCUCGCUCCCCCGAACAAACCUGGACCCCAUGGAGAACUCUCUGGGGACCUCCUUUAUUUCCCAUGAGCUGUAG